AUGGACUUUGACAGUCUUGCUCAGCAGCAGUCGGACCGCGUCUUCCAGGUCUGGAUCCAAAACUUGCUUGGAAACAGCCCCGAGGAGUUGGCGGGCAAGCUUGCUUCCCGGCAUUGCCCUGGCAGCACCCCGGUCACGGCCUCUCGACUCCCCAAUGGCGCCUUCAAUGUCUGUUACCGUGUCACCUUGGAGAGCGGCCGUCGCGUUGUCGUUCGCUUUGUCGGCCUUGGUCGAGUCACUGCCCGGAAUGAAAAGGUCGGAGAUGAGGUUGCUAUUAUGCAAUACCUUGCCCAACACACCGCAAUCCCCGUCCCGCAUGUCCUCGGAUCGGGGAGAUGCGCAGUUGGCCCGUACAUUGUGAUGGACUUUGUGCAGGGAGAACCGCUGGGCAAGUUCCUUCGAGAUGCCUCUCAUCACACGGUCACUCUGAGUUCCACCAUCUCAACGUCGGUCUUGAGGAGAGCAUACUCCGCCAUGGCUGGGGUCCUGCUAGAGCUGUCUAAGCCCGAGUUUCCCUCCAUUGGCGCCAUAAGGCACGACGAGACCGGCGGGUGGACUGUGCAGAAGCGACCGCUAACCUUCAACAUGAACCGACUGGCGCAAUUCUCCAAUAUCCCCCUCGAGGUUUUUGAGUCUGGACGCUUCAACAACGCAGCGGACUAUUUCGAGGAGCUUGCCCGUCACCACUUUCACCAUCUCGAGUUGCAACGCAAUAAUGCAGUUGUGGAUGGGGCUGAUUGCCGCAAAAAAUACAUCGCCCGGUGUCUUUUCCGCAAACUGUCUCGUGAGAUACCUCGCGAAUGGGGCAAUGGUCCAUUUCGGCUCUAUUGCGACGAUUUCCGACCGGACAAUGUCCUGGUUGAUGCCACACGACUGGCCGUUACCGGAGUAAUUGACUGGGAGUUCUGCUACGCUGCCCCAGUCGAAUUCACACUGGCCGCUCCUUGGUGGCUUUUGCUAGAAAGCCCAGAGGACUGGGACCCCGACCUCAAUCAGUUUCUGAUACGCUUUAUGCCCCGGCUGCGCACGUUUCUCGACGUCUUGAAAGACUGUGAAGCCAAGAAGAUACGAGAUGGCUCGCUUCCAGAGUCUAAACGACUCUCGUCCGCAAUGGAAAAAUCCAUGGAAACUGGCUUGUUUUGGGUUUGUCUGGCUGCACGGCACAGCUCUAUGUUUGACGAGAUCUACUGGGAAUUUAUCGAUACAAGAUUCUACGGCCCAUUUGCAACUCUCGAGGAUCGUAUUCAACUACUCAGUCCAAACGAGCAGCUCAAUAUGCAGGCUUUCGUUGACAAUAAACUGCACCAGGCAAGCGAGGGCACGCUGACCUCUUAUUACAGCAUCGACGAACUCGUUGACCUGUAG